AUGGCAGCGUUGAAGGAGAUCGAGUUUGCGCAUGUGAUGGAUCUUGGCGCCGUGGGGAAGGAUGGCAGGACUGGCGGAAGACUGGAACGGCAGGUGGAGGUCUACGAGGAGAUCAUUGGCAAGAAAAGGAGGGGCUACAGAGAGAAAGUCAAAGCCCGGGAGUCUGGUGGCGGAGCAGCAGACGGAGAUGGGGACGCCGAAGACAGAGGAGAGCCGAGCAACAAGAAGAUUCGGCGGACGAGCGCCGAAGAGGAAGAUGAAGAGGAGAGGAUGCUGGAGCAGCAACUCAACGGGACAGUCAGCGACGAAGUGGCACCAGCUGCCGCCGAGAAAGCGAAGGCGAAGAGGAAAAGUCGCGACAGUCAGUCCAUUUCGGUGGUUGUGCGGAAUGGGAAGGGAAAAGGGAAACCUGAUUCAAUCACCCGAGAGGAUGGAGGGCACGGGAACCAAGCCGGAGACGAAGAUGUCGAGGAAGCAGACGACGACGAGCACGAGGAAGAUGAGGAAGGGGACGAUGAGGAUGAGGAUGAUGACCAAGACGACGAAGACGAGGACGAGGAACAGGACGAUGAGGACGACGAUGAGACCGGCGCCCAGCACGGCGAUGGCGAUGACGACGAUGAUAUUGAGAUUGACGACUCGAGACCUGCCAACGGCCGCCUCCUCCCCGACGGAAACGUCGAGAUUGGAAGCGACGACGAGAGCGAUUGA